AUGUCAUAAUCAUACCUCCGCUUACUCCCCACUUGUGACAGGUAGAGCUGCGCACAGGACACGUGAUCACCGCGCUCAGUGCCCUUGAGACUUCCAGCUUCGGGACGGGACAGCGCUGCCGUGAUGUUGGGCUCUAGUUCCGGGGUGCGAGAGUGGGCUGCUACAGCCGCUUUAGCUGCUGGCGCUACUGCUCUAGGAUAUUUAGCUUAUAAAACGCUCUGCUGCAAAGAUAAGUGCUGCAAGUCCAUGAUAAACAUUGGCAUCCAAAAGGACAAUCCCAAGGUGGUUCAUGCGUUUGAUAUGGAAGACUUGGGAGACAAAGCUGUUUAUUGCCGGUGCUGGAGAUCGAAGAAGUUUCCAUUAUGUGAUGGGUCCCACACUAAACACAAUGAGGAAACCGGUGACAACGUGGGUCCUUUGAUCAUAAAGAAAAAGGAAUCCUAAAUUUAGAUCCAAAGACCAACACAUGUAAUCUAAAUGAUAGUGUUAGUUUACGAUCAUAUAUAGAAUGAGUUCAGCUUUAAAGUGGAAAAGUCACCUCCUUACAAUACGUGUUUUAACAUUGUUAUACUACUGUAUUGUUCAUUGUUUAUCUUUAAUUCAGAAUAUUCUCCCUGGCUUGUAAACCUUGUUUUAAUCUACCAAUAUACUGGGUUAACACAUUUUCUUCAAAUGUAUAAAACCGAAUGUGUUAAUUUUGAGGCAACAUUUGUGCUUUCUGUGCCUUGUUAAAGAGUUAGAUGACUUGAACAGCUUACUAGAUUGUACAAAAUAACUCACAGCUGAUUCAAUGGGGUCGAUCUAUUAAAAAACUGGCCUCGGUUUGAAGCUCUGAAAGUGGAUUCAUCGCCAUAGCCACCAUUAGACUGGUCCUGUUGAUUGAGCCAUUCCAUUGGUGGUGAUGGUGCUUCACACCAGAUCACUUUUUUAUGAUUAAAAAGGUUAUAACACGUACUGUUUUCUGAGCACUGUAUGAAACAAAGUACUCUUGAGCUGACAGAUCCACUUUAAUAAACAUUAUAGUGAAUUCUACUGAUAUGAAAGCCCACUGCCCAUAAAUGUGUUAGCAUUGAAAUCAUUUUGUGACUGAAGGUUCUGAGCCGUUCUCUGAUGGACUGUUUGAUGCCUCAUUUGCACUGUAUGAAUUACAUACCACUGUGUAUAUUGUAUUGUGUUUUUCAUAGGUACAUACAUGUGUGUGAUUGUGAACUACCUAUGGCGACAUUGGAAUGUAAAGCAGAUGCAUAGGCAAUAAAUUAAAAAUCCUAUGUGGCGUUCACUUUAAUUUAUACAAACAUUAAUCAUUUCCCAUGAAAAACGUGAAUAAAGGUAUUCUGAAUAUGUGAAA